AUGGGGCGCAAUCCCAGAGCUGUACAGGAGGUCUUCAUCCAGAUUGAGCAUGCGGCACGAAAUCUGGGGCUGCAGAUAAAUGAAGGCAAAACGAAGUACAUGGUGGCCUCGUCAGCAGCGACUCCGGCAACAUCUACGGAGAGCAUCGAAAAGUUAAUUCAUAAAAAGAAAAAGAUAUUAGGAUACGAGUAUCCCUUUGAAAUUAUUGCUGAUCUCGAUAAAAAGGCUAUUUCAACGGAUAAAAAGAAUACAUUUGUGUCUAAUAUCCACGUGGGAUCUGUAUAUGUGCUCAAUAACACCAUUGUCGACAUUGUACUUUCGUCAGAUUCCUUUGAUAUUGUGACCAAGUACUCCUUUAAUGGACGUGGAGCUGAAUUAUCCGAAUUGCUAUUCUUCCAUGAUAAACUAUAUACGUUUGAUGAUAAGACCGGUAUUAUUUACGACGUGGAAAAAGAUAGGCUUUUACCUUGGGUGAUCCUCUCUGAUGGUGCUGGAAAUGAUACAAAUGGUUUCAAGUGCGAAUGGGCGACUGUUAAGGAUGAUCACAUAAUUGUGGGAUCUCAUGGUGUGGAAUUCUUAAAUCCUAAAGACGAUAAGAGGAAGCUCAAUAAAUUCUAUGUAAAAAAGGUCAGCAAAGUUGGUGAAGUGAUUCAUGAGAACUGGUUUGAGAUCUACGACAAAAUUCGCCAAGCUGUUGGAAUGCCAUACCCAGGAUUUAUUAUUCAUGAGGCUGUUAUCUGGUCGCAAUUGAACCAAAAGUGGAUCUUCCUACCGCGCAAGUGUUCAGCAGAAUCUAUGAGCUCAGAUACUUUCGAUCACAUUGGAUGCAAUCUCAUAAUUUUGGCCAAUGAAGACUUCACGGAAAUUGAAAGUCAUCCGCUAUCGGAUCCUCCUCUUGUGGAUCACCGUGGAUUUUCAUCAUUUCAAUUUGUGCCGAAUUCCAACGAGAAAAUUAUUGUUGGGCUCACAACAAUUGAAACAGAUGAAGAAACAGCUACCUUCAUCAUUGGCUUGGAUAUUCAAGGAAAGGUUCUCUUCCCAGAAUCAAAAAUUCUCAAUGAUAAGUUCGAAGGCCUCGGUUUCUUAAAGCAUCUCUCCAAUGAAUAA